AACUCUCCACGAAGAAGAAAGGACUAGUACGAUAGAGGGUGGAGAGAAAAUCAGAGGGACUACUCCUGUUUACAACAACAUAAUGGAGCCCAAAUGGACAAAAAACAGCUGCAAGCGCGCUUUACUGACUGGAUUUACGUUAUUUAUUGUAUUAGUCACAGAGCCCACAUCGGGGAUCGACAUCCACUCCGACUCUGAGGUGAUUCUGCAGAACGGCACGGCGGGAACCCUUCGAUGUACCUUCAAGUCGAAAGAGGUGGUCAGCAGGGACACCUCGGUGACCUGGAGCUUUCAGUCGAGUCAGCCUGACAAUCAGUUCUCCAAAGCUGCAUACACAAUUUUCUAUUUCUCUAACGGGAAAGGAUUCCUGGGUAUGGACGAGUUCAAAGACAGGGUGCAGUUUGUCGGAGACAUAAACAAGAGGGACGCCUCCAUACAGCUGAGUCCGGCUCAGUUCAGCGAUAACGGCACCUACUUCUGCGACGUGAAGAACCCGCCCGACGUUUUGGGAACAUCAGCUCGAACUGAGCUCAGGGUCGUUGUGAAAGAAUCUCUCCCUCAGAGUAACACCGCCGUUAUAGUCGGAGCAGUUUGUGGUGCUUUAUUUCUGCUCGUCCUCAUCGCUGUAGCUGCCUGCAUUGUCAUGAGGGUGCUUCACAACCGCCAUGAAUAUGAAGGAUGUACGUCCUUGGAAAGCGUGAGCUCUCAGGCUCCGCAGGCACGAAAGAAGGUGGAGUCCAGCCUGGAGGGCUCCAGGUGUACCAGUCCCUCGGGUCCACUACAGGGCCCGGUGAUAUACGCCCAGUUGGAUCACUCAGGCAGCAGAAACUCGUUCCAUAAGAUGGAGCCUGUGGUCUACGCUGACAUUCGUAAAAACUGAAGAGGGACCGGGGACCAAAAGAAAAAUAAAUAAAACACACAGUAAAGUAUCAGACCUCUCUAUUAGCUGCUCUUGGGACGGGGUGGGAAUAUGUCAACAGGGACAGCAAUUGGUGCAGUUUCCAUUUUUAUUUUAACUCUUUUGUCCUCUGAAAGCAUGAUACCGUUCUAUGAUAAAGUGAUGUCUUCAUGUGCUUUAUUGUAAAGAGAAAAAAAGCAAGAAACACUUUAGUGGUCUCAAUAAUAUGCCAUCACAUCAGCCUUGAAAUUUUUCUCCAAAACAGGGUUCAAAGUAAAGAAAAAUGCCUUCACAGAAAUCAUUCGACAUGUAAAAAUACUUAUUUUAAUCUUUGUUUUUUGUGCCUACAAAAAAUUCAGCAGGCUGUUGCACCGGCUAAACGUGACAUAACUCUUAACUUCAUUUCAUUUAAUAUGACACUAAACUCAACAGUUUCCCUUCCACCAUCACUACUUAGAGCUACCGAUAGCUGAACUUAGUUGGCACUAAUUCAGUUUUCAUUACUAGAUAGUGAUAGAAAAGUGGACUGAGUGUAAGAAGUGGACGCAGUUUCUAAGUCUGAAAAGUGAAGUCAUAACAGAAGUGCCUUAAACCUGCGUUUUUACAAUCAGGCAGCAGGGGGCGACUCCACUGGUUGCUAAACAAGUCAGAUUUAUGUCGGCCUCGAAUGUCUUCUCGGGCUUUUCCCCCUCACUGAUGUUAUUUUAAAGAGUUAAUUUGUUCAUUUUGAAAAUAUUGUCCCACUUGGAGUAAAACAGACGAGGCAGAGUAUUCUUCAGGAUUUGGCCUCCACUGCUGUGAUCUUAAAAUGAUUUGUUCGGUUAUUCUGAAAGACACUUUGUGUUUUCAGCUGUUCAUUUUUAUCCUCGCCCUUUCUAUCCAAAAUGAGCAUCCCAGCGGAUCUCACAGUUACAAAAUUACAGAUACUCUGCUAACCGAGCUGAUGCAAGCUUCAGGGCCUGUGUCAACUGACAGCGUUCUUUGAUUUCAGAGGGCUUCAUAGCGGUGCUAACUGUUUCUAUCUUCACUGAUGGUUUAGUCUGUUCUGUAUAAUUAAUAUUUGCUUCUAUCAAGGAAAUGUUGUACAUAAGUUGGCCAAAAAAGGCCGUUAAUGGACACAGGCCCUAAGUGUUUGCUCAGCUCUUCUUCCCUUCCAGCUCUGCCUUCUGAUUCAGAUAUGUUUACGUAGACGUCUCCAACAAGGCAACAAAAGCUUUGAAACUGUAAUCAAUCAACCAAUGAGUGACGUCACGGUGGCUGCAUCCACUUCUUGUACACAGGCCACGGACUCUAGAGAUUGAAAGUGACUUUUUAUCCUAGCAUGCACACUAAGCUAACCUGUAAACUACAUGUGUUUGUCUGCCUUACAUUAUCCCAUAAUGUUCCCUUAACCUCUGGGGUAAUUUGGCGAUUAUAAAAACAACAAAACAGUUAAAGUCUGCCAAAGUCUUAAUAUUUGACCAAAACUUUCUGAUUCUCUUUCUAAACUCUCAAUCAUGAGUUUGAAAUGUAAUGCAGUAACUUACUCUAGAUCUAUACAGAGUCUGUCCAGUGUUCCACUUCCUUAAAUGAAAGGCACAUUUGAGCCUACUUCUCUGAACACUGUUUUCUAACUAACUGUGCGGCUGUACGAAGCUUCAGUGACAUUCCAACUAAACCAUGCUUGAAUUUAAACCCCACCAGUGCAGCAGCCUGCUGACACCAACGUUCAUAUCCCUAUCAGGGCACCUCCAUAGUGAUCUUGUUUUGUAGAGGCGUGUAAUAUAGAGUUAGGUUUUACAUUGCCUUCAGUAACUUUGCAUGCAGCUCUAAAGACAUCUAAGAACUAAAGUUGGUACUCUUCAGCUAGUCUGACAUUGUAUUACUGUGAAUGCUUCAGUUUUCUGUAGACUUCUGGCAUGUUGUUGUGGUACCUUUAUUAAAAAAACUGCCUCCCGUUUGAUUUUCACCUCAGUGGAACACAACUUAGUCUUACUUUGAGACGGUUGCUCUGCAAAUCGGGUUUCAUUAAAAAAAAAGAAGUGCAUAAAAACAUGAGAGCAAUGCAACCUUGGUUCUCGUGUUCUGCAUCAUGCUGCAAGAAGUUUUCCUGCCUGUUUGGUUUGAAAGAAUAAAAGAGUUUGCUGCGGUAGUUGUAACCUGACGGUUCUUUUAGUUUUGAGCAGUUUUGAAAUAUGCAUGAUUUAACAAAAUGUGCAACUGAGGUGAAAUGUUCUACAAAAGCUGGGAGCUCUCAUUUGUUGGACAGAACAAAUGCUAAAUACACUGUUUGCAUGCAGUUUACUAACAUAACAGUCAUAAUUACAAACAUAUCCAUCCUUAUUUCAUCCAUGUAUCAUGUAAAGCUUGUUUUUUUUCAAAAACUAAUGGGCCAAAUAUAUUUGAUAAGUUCUUUUCAGCUUUAAAACACAUUCCAAAUUUAUCCUUUCUGUUGUCUUGAAGCAUUUAAAAGCCAAAUUUAUGUUUCAGUUUUGUCUGUCAAAGGCUCGCUAACCUAUGAGAAUGGUAUCUGUGUUGAAACAUGUCGUAAAUCUUCCGCUUCAGCUUUGUGAUUCUGAAUGCAGUAAAUCUCCAUGUUGACCAGUAUUUGUACAUAUUUCCUGCUCAUGUAAGAUAUAGUGCUGUUUACUGUAACUCAUUCCAGUGUGGUGUGGAUGUGGGAGUCUUUCCAGGGAAGGAAAGUAGAUUGCUGUAGAGGUCUAAAGAGUUGAGGGCGUUCUUCUUGUCUUAUCUUUCUGUCUUCAUUUUCUCCCCUGAUGCUCUAACAUAAAGUGUGCAGUGCCUGCAGGGCGUGUUGAGCCUGUCAAAUCAAAAUGGGUCCAAUUCAUCUUUGUUACUUGAUUAAGUGUCCAAAAGAAAAAAAUAUAUACACUUGAAUUUGUUACAAAAACGUAGGAUUCACUGCCCAAGUUCACAUAGCAAUAAUAUGAAAUCUGCAUGUCAUCUUUUGACCACUAGGUGGCUGCAGAACAAGCUUUUUUUCACUACAUCAUAAUUAUUUGGAAACAAAUUUAAGUUAAUACUUACUGAUGUGCUGAGACAACAUGAACGGUUCCAUUUGAAAAAAAAACAGGCUACAACUUCCAAACAAAUUCAGAAGUCCAAAAAAAUUCAACAGGUUGAAAUAAUUCUGCAAAAACCCAAAAGAAAUGCUUUCACACGAAAUGUUCUGCAAAAACCUGAACAACAUAGUGUUAAAGAAGUUAAAAAACACACACACACAGACACGGAAAAGCUCAGUCAUCAUUAUAGAAGUGUUUUUCAAAAUUUCUUUUUGAUCCCAUCAUGUAAACAGUCGCCUAUGAAAAUAACCGUUUCAAAGCCUCAUAGUAGAGUUCACACAGUGGACAGGUAAACAAUGAAACAAAUGAAAUCAAACUGUAUUAAAAUGUCUAUCUGUUACAACUGUUUACAAUUAGCAUUCAGCCUUAGCGUGCCUACAGUGAUCCUGAGAUUAGCUUGUUACGUGUUAACUCGCUAAAGCUAAGCAUUUAAUGUUUCGUUGUUAUGAAAGCUUCAGGAUUCAAAAAUGUUUGAUUUUUAUAUUUGCCAACAAUUCAUUUAGAGCACGUUGGCUUGUUAAAGAGUGACCUGGUCAAACUCUGCAUCACUGCAGCAAAGUGAGCAGGUAACCCGAUGGAGCUCAGUUGGACUCGUACAAGUGUAUCAUGAGUUAAUUUUUAUCUUGCUAUCUUUUAAUGAAAGUAAUAAUAUUAAAAUCCAGCUGAGCUGCACAUCAGUCUUUAGUUUAAGAGGGUUAAAGUCAUGAAUGUUCACAACAAGCUGGAUCAGUUCCCUGAAGUUAUAAAAGUUCAGUCAUCCUUUAACUUAUUUGAAACUCUCUCUGCAUGGAGAGUUAUAACUUAUUUACUCUGAUCACUCCUCUUUUUUCAUUUAUAACUACUUUAUUUUUCAGAUUGGAUUCAUUUUGACGAUGGCUCUGACACAACAUGCGGGCACUGUAGUCUUCCAGAUCUGUUUUUCCUUUUGUGUGCUUUUUGUUUGUUUUCCUUGCUCGCAUGUACUUCCAUGUAUACACCAAAUCAAAAAGAAAACAACCUGUAUGAUACUGCCAAACCUUUACUGCUGGUCGCUUUGCUCUAAUUGUGACUCGUUGCAGUGUUUAGUGCUGUUGUAGAAAUAGUGAUGUAAACUAUAAGUUAUGAAAGAUUUACAGUUUGACCGAGCUGAGCUCACACGCGGCGUUCAAUGUCUUAAAGUGUCGAGUGAGUGUUCACUCCGCUCAUGGCGAGUCUUAAAGUGCGUGCUCAGUGUUUUUGAUGGUAAAUAGAUGUUUGUUGAUGAGAAUUGUUUGGUAUGUUAUGUUGUAAAAUCUGCACUAUGUCUUGCAUAUCAAAGACAACAAAUUCCCUGUGAUUUUUUUUUGUUUUGAUUUUGGUUCAUCUCGGAAUGACCUCGGCCUCUGUUUAAUGUCUCUAAAACUGGAAUGUUGUACAUUUAGUGCCUUUUACAUUUCAUCAGCUAACUUGAACAUCUGCUCCAAAUAGAAAAGAUAAGAUUCAUUUAUUUUCCUUUUAUUGUAUGUAUUUUUUUAUACACAUAAUAUCGCCUCUGUAUCCACUGUUCAAAUUUUAUAUAAAACUUAUUCCUGGCCAACUAAA